AUGGACGCAAUCAUCGAGUCCGGCCGCAAGAUCUGGGAGGGCGAGAUUGACUUUGAGGGUCAACGCCUGGUCGAGAUGUUUUGUAGCGUUCUGUUGACAACCGCCGGAGUCCUUGCCUUCAUGGUUGGCUUCGCUACUCAGAACAUUGCCUACACUCUCUGGAUCCUACUCGCUGGAGCCGCCCUCACAUUUGUCGUAUGUGUGCCACCAUGGCCAGUCUACAACAAGGAUCCCGUCAAAUGGUUGCCUGCAAAGAGAUCAAACGGCGUCACAGGCUUGGACAUCACAGUCGAUGGAAAGAAGGUGCAAUAG